AUGCUUUUGUCCCCUGCUCAGUAUGUGGUGUUUGAGAGUGAAUUUAAACAUAGCGCUUCAGCCCUGUCUGAUCCUCAACAUACUGCCAAUGAACUUUAUGGUGCUGGUCAGUUUGCUGAUAUAACUGCCCAAGCAACACUGACACCUGUACAUUUUGUUCGCACCGCGACCUGUGUACAACGCGCCUGUCGGAAAGUGCCUGUUUCUGGGCAACCGCUGAGCUCCUUUGUGAAUAUUAAGCAACAGCAUUCGGAGCCAUACCAUCAGUUUAUAGAUAGAUUGAAAGAAUCAGUCACUAGGCAGAUUGAUAACACCACUGCUCAAAAUGAAUUGAUGAAAAAAUUGGCCUUUGAAAACGCAAACACUGAUUGCAAGAAAGCUUUGCAGUCAAUCAUACAUCGCCCUAAAUAUGAACUGGCCGAUAUGAUUCAAGCUUGUGCGGAUGUCGGUAGCCAGAGCCAUGCGAUGUCCUUGCUUGCCGGCGCAAUCCAAGCAACCUCUAAGCCUACUGGUAACUGCUUUAAUUGCAAGCGCCCAGGCCAUUUUGCCAAGCAAUGCAGAGCCCCUGGCGGGGGGGCACACAAGGAUGGUUCUGCCUCUAAGGCUAAACCUUCUAAAAAAUGCCCGAAAUGUGGCAAAGGCUAUCAUUGGGCUAACCAAUGCAGGAGUUCGGGAAACUCCAUCCCGGCCUCGCUCUCGGGCCAGGAAAAUUAGAGAGAUUUCCACCUUUAACUUCUGCUGCUGCAAACUUUUCAAAUAACACACCCUCUGAAUUUGCAAUUGAUUUGAUCAAUCAAGAGACCAAAGAUUCUGUUCUACCUGGUGAAAUUGUGCUUAUGCCCACUCAAUUGGCAGGUCCCCUGCCUCCUAAAGUCACAGGUUUAAUUUUACCCAAAUUUUCUACGGCAAAGGAAGGAAUCCAGGUUAUUCCUGGAGUUCUGGAUCCUGACUAUGUAGGCACAAUAAUGGUUCAACUCUGGAGCCAUAUGCCCAUGCAAUUAAAAAGGGUGAGUCUUGGGCGCAUUUGGUGGUGCUCCUUCUCAUCCUACUGCUUCUAUUAUGGAUACUAAUUUGCACGAGCUCUCUUCUUUCCCUCCACAGCUGUUAGCUGUAGUCCAGAGGAUUGGUGAGAAGAAGCUUCUUCGUAAGUAUAAAAUCAAUGGUAUUGUGCUGGAAGGCUUGAUUGACACAGGCGCAGACGUUUCUGUAAUUUCUAGUAGUUGCUGGGACCCCACGUGGCCCCUUGAGUCUGCCUCUGCUGUCUGGGGUGUGGGUGGCCCCCAAACCUCUUCCAAAAGCUUACAGUGGCUGCCUGUUUCUCUGCCUGACAGCUCUGAAACCAUUGCUUACAUCCAGCCCUGUGUGCUGAAAAUCCACCUCAAUCUUUGGGGAAGAGACUUACUACAACAAUUACAAGCUACCAUUCAAUUUAAUGAGUAAGCUUGCAUUUCCCCUCAACUGGAAAUCUUCUGGUCGUGUCCUGGCUAUAUGUUUAAUUACAUUCCAGCAAACAUCAGCCAUGGCACACCUUGCUGUUUAAGCCGUUUGUCCAUCAUUUUAUCACUGCAAUACUGAAUUGACUAAUGAUUGUGAUGGUUUUGUCUCUCUUCUCAGUAGGUCUGAAUAUAUCUCUUUAGUUGUUUCUCUCUUAGGAGUCCCUGGAUUGGCUGUACGGAAUCGUAUGAACAUUACUUCUUUAGCUUGUUAUGAAGCAAAAACCCUGAAUUUUACUUCACAACCUCUUCACCUUUUGAAUAAAGAACAAUGA